AUGUCCCUCAGCAGCAAAAGGAGUAAGAGGAGGAGUAGAAGGAGCGGCAGUUGCAGCAGUAGCAGUGGUAGUAAUAGUGUGCUGCUGUCCUUGACUCUCCUGGUGGCGGUGACCCUGAUUGCGGACCCCGUGGCGGCUCAAAAGCAGCGAACUGGCAGUGCCUCGGAAAAAGUGCCGGUCCUGAACAUUGCGGUGAUCCUGGGACGCACGCGCUACAUCUCAGAGCGGGACAUCCGGGCACUGUGGAGCAAGGAGGACCCCAUCGACGUCAACGUGGUCACACUGCUGGUCAACGAGACCGACCCGAAAAGCAUCAUCACCCACAUGUGCGACCUGAUGUCCGGGACAAAGAUCCACGGUGUGGUGUUUGGGGAUGGCACCGACCAGGAGGCCAUCGCCCAGAUUUUGGAUUUUAUUUCCUCGCAGACGCUCAUACCCAUCCUGGGCAUUCAUGGAGGCUCGUCCAUGAUCAUGGCUGAUAAGGAUGUAAAGUCGACAUUCUUCCAGUUCGGUGCCUCCAUCCAGCAGGAGGCUCUUCUGAUGCUGAACAUCAUGGAGGAGUAUGACUGGCACAUCUUCUCCAUUGUCACAUCGAAGUUCCCCGGCUACCAGGAGUUCAUCAACAUCCUAAAACUUACCGUGGACAACAGUUUUGUGGGCUGGGACCUGCAGAAUAUCAUUAUUCUGGACGCGGUGGAGGAAGACAGCCGGUCUCAGAUCAUGCUCAAGAAGGUCCAGUCCCCAGUGGUCCUGCUCUACUGCUCCAAGGAUGAGGCGGUGUACGUCCUGGAGGAGGCUCGCUCCCUGGGCCUCACCGGAUUUGGAUACAUCUGGAUUGUGCCGUCGCUCACCACUGGGAACCCGGAAAUAACACCCGAAGAGUUUCCGCCGGGAAUGAUUUCGGUGUCAUACGACGACUGGGACUACCCGCUGGAGGCGCGAGUUCGGGACGGUCUGGGGAUCAUAACGUCAGCAGCGGCAGCCAUGUUGGAGGAGUAUGGCGACAUCCCUGAAGCGAAGACAUCCUGUUACGGCCCCUCCUCCUCCUCCUCUACUCCUCUCGCUCUCAGGUACAUGAUGAAUGUGACAUGGGAUGGCAGAGACUUGUCAUUCACAGAAGACGGCUACCAGGAAUACCCAAAGCUGGUGGUCAUUGUUCUCAACAAGGAAAGAGAGUGGGAGAAGAUGGGGAAACUGGACAACCGCAGCCUGACGCUUAAGUACCCAGUGUGGCCGCGCUUCAACUCCUUCGGUGAUGCCGAGCUCGAUGACAACCACCUGUCCAUCGUCACGUUAGAGGAGAAACCUUUUGUUAUUGUGGAGGACGUAGAAAGGCUCACCGGUACCUGCAUGAGGAACUCCGUGCCCUGCAGGAAGCAUAUCAAAGACAACACAACAGAGGCUGGUGGGACAUACAUCAAGAAGUGCUGCAAGGGCUUCUGCAUCGAUAUUCUGAAAAAGAUUGCCAAGUAUGUAAAGUUCACCUAUGACCUGUACCUGGUAACCAAUGGCAAGCAUGGCAAGAAGAUCAACAAUGUCUGGAAUGGGAUGGUGGGAGAGGUGGUCUAUAAGAAAGCCGUCAUGGCCGUCGGAUCUCUGACGAUCAAUGAGGAGCGUUCUGAGGUCAUCGAUUUCUCCGUCCCGUUCGUGGAAACCGGGAUCAGCGUCAUGGUCUCCCGUAGCAACGGAACGGUCUCCCCGUCAGCCUUUCUAGAGCCAUUCAGUGCAUCAGUGUGGGUGAUGAUGUUUGUGAUGCUCCUACUGGUGACUGCAAUGGCUGUCUUCAUGUUUGAAUACAUCAGUCCUCUUGGCUUUAACAGAAACCUGGCGCAGGGAAGAGACCCUCAUGGCCCUUCCUUCACCAUGGGCAAGGCUGUGUGGCUGCUGUGGGGUCUGGUCUUCAACAAUUCUGUGCCAGUGCAGAACCCUAAAGGAACUACCAGUAAGUUCAUAGUGUCUGUGUGGGCCUUCUUCGCUGUCAUCUUCCUGGCCUCCUACACUGCCAACCUGGCUGCCUUCAUGAUCCAGGAGGAGUUUGUUGAUCAAGUCACCGGGCUUUCCGACAACAAGUUUCAGAACCCGUACGCAUACUCGCCUCCGUUCCGUUUCGGGACGGUUCCAAACGGAUCCACAGAGAGGAACAUCAGGAAGAACUACCCCGCUAUGCACCAGUACAUGGUAAAAUAUCAUCAAACCGGAGUCGUGGACGCACUUGUCAGCCUCAAAACGGGGAAACUGGAUGCCUUCAUCUAUGAUGCUGCAGUGUUGAACUACAUGGCCGGCAGAGAUGAGGGAUGUAAGCUGGUGACCAUUGGCAGCGGGUACAUCUUUGCUACCACCGGUUACGGCAUUGCUCUACAGAAAGGCUCCUAUUGGAAACGACAGGUGGAUCUGGCUAUCCUGGCCAUCAUCGGAGACGGUGAAAUGGAGGAACUAGAAGCCCAGUGGCUGACAGGAAUUUGCCACAACGAGAAGAAUGAGGUGAUGUCCAGUCAGCUUGAUGUGGACAACAUGGCUGGGGUCUUCUACAUGCUGGCCACGGCCAUGGGGCUCUCCCUCAUCACCUUUGUGUCUGAGCAUCUCUUCUAUUGGAGGCUUAGAUAUUGCUUCACUGGGGUUUGUACCGGCACACCAGGUCUUCUCUUCUCCAUCAGUCGGGGAAUCUGGAGUUGCAUCCAUGGAGUCCACAUUGACAUGAAGAAAAAGUCAGAUCUGGACUUUAGCCCCCAGGACAAAAUGCUUAAGCUCAUUAAAUCAGCAAAACAGAUGACCAACAUGUCUAACCUGAGUGGCUCCCGCAUGAACUCACCCAAACGUGAGUUCAUGCACUCAGCUGGUCCCAUGAUCAUGGACAUGAUGGCAGAGAAGGGCAACUUUAUCUAUGCUGACAACCGCAGCUAUGCUCCCAAAGAUAUGAUCUAUGGGGACACUGGUGACCUGCAGUCUUAUCUUGCUAACCGCCACAAAGACCACCUUAACAACUACAUCUUCCAGGGUGGCCAGCAUCCUCUGACCCUAAAUGAUGCCAAUCCCAACACAGUAGAGGUGGCAGUGAGUGCUGACUCAGUCCAGACCAAUGCCAAGCCGCCCCGGACCCUGUGGAAGAAGUCAGUGGACACGCUUCGUUCAGGGCCUCCUGGGCCCCCUCCGAUGCCUGACAUGCUGAUGCCAGACUCACGAAUGUCGAUGAAGACACAGCGCUACCUCCCUGAGGAUGCAGCCCACUCUGACAUCUCCGACUGUUCCAGUAGAGCAGCCUCCUACAAGGACCCAGAAAACAACAAGCACCUGAAGCCCAAGGACAACUUAAAAAAAAGACCGAUGACGUCAAAAUACCCAAGGGACUGCAGUGAGGUAGAGCUGUCCUACUUAAAGACUAAGCAGGUCACCGGUGGAACCAACCAAACUGGGAGAGGAGGAGGAGGAGAGAAAAUUUACACUAUUGACUCAGAACGAGAGCUGAGCCUGCACUCAGACCCCAUUCACUAUCGUGAGAGUCGUGGCCUCGCUGCAGACGAUUUGGAUUAUCCCGAGAUCUACUCCGACCACAGUGACAACUAUAGGAAGUGUGAGCAGCCCAUCAUUCAUCUGAACUCCUCGCCUUUGCAUCAUACCGAUUCAGAUCUUCUACCAGACCCAACUUACUCUAAACACUACACCAUGAAAGAGAAAAACAUUGUCCUGUCCCCACAUGAAUCCAUCGACCGCUAUAAACAGACACACUGUCGUUCCUGCUUGUCAAAAGUGAGUGCUAGCUACCCACCAGGAGCGCCGUACACUCCUGCUGUACCUGCUGCAGCUUCUGCCACACGCUCACCCUAUAAUCGGUGUGAAGCAUGCCUCCACACAGCCAACCUGUAUGACAUUAGUGAGGACCAGCUCCUUGCAGACCCCUUGGUCAGUCCCACCAGGCACCACCAACAGCAGCAGCAACCAGAUGAAAUGUUUGGUCUGUACUGGCCACAGACAGAUGGGCCACAUGUUCAAAAGAGAAACCGCUUGAGGCUGAGUCGUCAGCACUCCUUUGACAACAUCAUGCUUGAAAAGCCCAAGGAUGUAGACCUGGGCCGACCGGCACGCAGCGUCAGCCUCAAGGAGAAGGAUCGCUUCUUGGACUCCACAUCUGACUCGCACUAUGCGAACCUCUUCGGCAUGCGUCCCUACUCCGGCAGACUGUUUGGCACCGGGUCCAAAUCAAUGCUGUUUAACCACAACCUGGAGGAGAGCAAGAGGAGCAAGUCCCUGUACCCGGCCCAUGGCUCGGAAAACCCUUUCCUCAGCCACUCGCUGAGGGAUGACACCAGCAGCAGACUGGUCCAUGGGCGUAGCUCCUCUGAUAUUUACAAUCAGCUGGCGGUGGCCUCACCUGCUGCGGCCGUCGGAGCGCCCCCCAUCAAAACACGCAACGAUGCGAACAAUCUCCGCUCUUCCGUUAAAUCCACCACUUCAUACUGCUCACGGGAUGGGCGGAUAGCCAAUGACAUGUACAAUAAAGAGCAUGUGAUGCCUUACUCAGCCAAUAAGACUAGUGCAUACCCGGCCCCACGUGGUGUCCUAAACUCAGCCCAGUUCAGCAAUAGACGGGUGUAUAAAAAAAUCCCCAGUCUGGAGUCAGAUGUUUAGUUGACAUAAGAAAUGAUGUGUUCUCUCCUCCUUACUGCUCUCUGGGUUUGUAUUAUAAUUUAUUAACUAUGUUAUCCACCAAGGGAUGCCAUAGCCACACUACGUUUUUCUUCUUCUCUUCGACAUUGUAAUCCAAAAGAACUCGUGCCCACUUGGGUACGAUGGUACUACUACUACUACUACUCUCUUUGCAGAUGAUAUCAUCGUUUUUGUCCAUUCUCUGCCAUGUACCAAUGAGUUGGAUGCAUGGCUGGCACGCUGCCAUAAGGUAUCCUGGUGUAAAGGGGAGGGGAAUCAUUAACCCCAUAGGUUUUAAAAAGGUUUAGGAAAUGGCAUAUUCCCAUGAUUGGGACAGAGAAAGCCUAAUUUACAGUAAAGGAGGACUCCUACAGAGGUUGUUUGGAAGGAGGCAUUUGAUUUGUGAUUAAAAUGUGUGACAAAGUGGUGAGGAGGAUGGGAGAAAGUAUAUGAGAUUAGAGGGAGAGAGAGAGAGGGGUUAACCCCUCCUCCUUCCCUCCUUUUUCCUUUUCACCUCCACUGUCAAGCUUGCAGCUUGCUAGUUGAGGAGAAGAGGCCUGACAGAGAGACCAGAUGGGUUUGAUGUCAUGGCCAGACAUGGAGGCGUCCCAGGAGGGCAGGGGCAUCACAGUGAGCUAGUCCAACGGUCUGCUGCUUGUUACUCUGACAAAUAUGGCCACUGAGGCACCUGGCAGUGCAAGAGGAGAGGGAGGGAGAAAGGAGAUGAGCGGCUAAAUGGCACAAAGCGGAGCCUCCAGUUGUUUGUGGCAGUAAGGUAUCGGUGUGCUUGGUCAGAGUUUGGUUUUAUGUGUUAAGCCCAUGCUAAGGGACAUGAUAGUGAUGAGAAGCUGAGAGUAAUGUAGGUGCUAUCAAUGAAUAAUGUUUACAGACUGACAGAUAAAAAAGACAAACUGACAAAAUCGCUGAUAGAAAACACCACACAAGCAGGGAAACCUGAGGCAAUUGGUGGGCAUUUCAUUUAUGGCUCUGCACAUAGAAAAAUAAUUGCAAAGUAUUGCUUUUUUAUUCUAUUAAACUAUAAGAUUUAUUAGGGAUUCUGGCAUCCGGAUCCCCCUAUGUAGGAUUUUAGUGUUUGCUUAUUUGGUAGCACAAUAGCCAUUAGUUUUAAAACCUCUCUCCCACAUUUGCUUUUGAAAAAACCUUGCUUUCUGAAAAAUACCAUCAAGAGUAGUAGUUUAUUUUGCAUGUAGAUUUUUUUCUGUGUCGGAGAUGACAAAAUACACACAAAUACACUCUUAGACACAUAUUUUACAUGUUUUUGAAAAGGGACUGUCUUGCCAGGGAUGGUGGAUGGAUACUUGUACAAUCGAAACCUUUAUCCUGACCUUUGUGCUUAGUAAAUCAGUGUCAUGCUGUGGCUCCUGCUGCAAAAGAGCAAGACAGUGGUGGAAGGGAAGAGAGCAAAGAGGAUAUAAACAAGCGAGAAAAGGAUGAAAUGACAACUGUGUCCAUCAAAACCUCGUCUGAGUUUGGGAGGGAGUGGGCGCCGAUGUGUUUUUGUCUUUUGACCUCCCAGAGAAACAGGGUAUUACCUAUUAAAAAAAAAAAUACAUUGACGAUUCCUUCCUUCUUUCCUCCUUCCUUCUUCCCUUCCUUAAACAACAUGACACAUCACUAGAGUGUUGAAUGACUAUAGAACUACUUCACUUUAUUUCUUUUGGCUUUUGUAAAAUCGAACUUUGAUUGGGUUUGUUUGGUUGGUUACUUUUGCUUGGAUAGCAGAGCUAUACGGUAUCUCACCACCACAGUCAACGGGAUUGGUUUAACAAUUAUUGAUAAUCAAUUACCGUUGAUCCGGAGUCAACCAAGCUCUUGAGAAUCUGAAGAUUACUUGAGAUAGAUCCCUUGUUUACCUUCAUAGCGUUGUUUGGGUGGGUGGACUGGGCAAGAUGGAGGCCGGAUGGAGCCGAGGAGGCUCCACUGUUAUGUGCUCAUCAAUCAUGUAUCCAUCUUCGUGUGGAGUAAGUUGUGUCUCUGCAUGACAGAACUCGGGUAAGCUUGAAGUCUUAACCAGAACAUUUGGUUCCUAAACUGAUUGUUUAUGCAUUUGUUUGUUUGUUCUUUUUGAUAACACUUAGCAGUAAAGACUUGCACAUGCACAUUCUUCCAUGUACACGUGUGCCCACAUAGCAUUACGCUGUACAAAUUGUACAGUCAAAAGAAAACCAUGUAACCAUGUUAACUGACUGAUUGAUUUGCUUGAUUGAUUGGAUUCACAAAGCCAAAUUGUAUCAAAUAAAAUACCUCAGGAUGAUUCUGUGCAUUUUGGGGGGAGCUUCAACCGUAGCAACAGAACAGUAUGCGGCGCAGAUUUCUUUGUAGAAAAAGAAAUUAUAAAAAUUAAAAAAAAAAAAAAAUUAAAACAAGAAGAAGAAAAACAACAGAUUUGUAACGGCCGCAAAGCAGAAUCAAACUUUUCUCCUUUUGAUGUUUACCAGUCCUAGGUCUUCCAGUUCGGCUCUUUGCCCGGGCUCAUGCAACCCAAGUAAAGUGAGAAGAAGAGGAAGUGAAGAAGGGAUGGCAGUGGGGGGCUUAGGUGGUUUUUGCUCAGUGAGGGGUGUGUUGCGUACAGCUUCACUCCUGAGCGCCCUCAACAGAAUGGGGGAUGUUACUUGAAAAUCCAAAUCCUGAAAAGCUACCCUUAUAUGGAAUAGUCAAGCAGGAAUCUCUUUUCUCUCAAUGGUUUUUAAUGGCAGUUGACUGCAUUCGCCACUGUGUUUCAAUUGAAGCUCCAUGUUUAACAGCCGCGGUCAUUUCACCCUUUUUGUAUUCUUGGAAUACUGCAGUGAACCUCUCCUCUACUACUCAAUCAGCUUACCCGAUGUUGACUGACGAGCAACAUUUGUCUUUCUUUGCAUCUUAUCUGCAUAUUUAUUAUUAUUAUCAUAUUUAUCUCCACAUGCUGCUUGUGUGAGCUGACCAGUGAACAAUAUGCACAUGUAAAAAAUAUCAAACGGC